CGCACACAGACAUGUUACUUAUUAUAAUACAAUAUACAUUAUACAUAGACAAUUUUCAAAUUUGUUUGUAAAUUGUUAUUAUAAUCUGAGUUUUACCGAAUUUUACUGUUUGUUUGCUUAGUGACAUUAAUCAUUAGUAUGUAGUUGUUAUAAAAUGAACACGUCAGCGACACUAGUUUUGUAUUGUUAUAACUUAUCUCUGAUAACCUAUUAAAAUUCGAUUGUCGGCCGAUUUCACCGACAGAAAUGAUCUUUUUACGAACGUAACGGUUUGUUAUUAAACGCUAAACGUGGAAGAACCCUUAAUAGUAGAAUGUGGUCGCUGCUAGUGUUGUUGCUUUAUUUUAAUGCACCCAUACCCUGUUGGUGUCUAGACAAGGAUGAUAUAAUACUCGCCGUCAAUGCUGGUGGCGACGGACAUGUAGAUAGCAAUGGUAUAUUGUUUCAAAAAGAUUUGAACACAGUGGGUACAGAGUCUGACUAUGGAAAAAAAUUGACAAUACAAAGAGUUCAGCAUCAUGACCAAAUACUUUACCAGACUGAAAGAUAUUCACAUACAACAUUUGGGUAUGAUAUACCAAUUAAGUAUGAUGGUGACUACGUGAUGGUAUUAAAAUUCAGUGAGGUUUACUUCACUAAAGGUGGAUUAAAGGUAUUCGACGUUGUACUAAAUAAUCAUCAUAUAGUAGUACCUCAACUAGACAUUUUUGAACGAGUUGGUUUUGGAACAGCUCAUGAUGAAAUUAUAGAAUUUAACGUCGUCGGUUCUACAUUGUAUUGGGGAGGAGAGAUAUCUGAAAUUAAAUCUAAUAUGGUUCGAGUAGACUUCAUAAAAGGGGAACGUGAUAAUCCUAAAAUAAAUGCUAUACUUGUAAUCAGAGGCAAAAUCUCAGAUAUACCAAUACUACCGGACAUGCAUUCCGGAUUUGAAUCGCCACAAUCACAUAAUGAGCGAUAUAAAGAGUUUGAUGAUGUUGUAGCUAAUGACAAAGAUCAUAUAAAAUUAACACAACAUGCUAGGUAUCCUAGUGGUCCCAGAUCUCCUGAUCCUUAUGAAUCCACCAAUAUGAAACAUGCUCCUUUUUUAAUAGCAUUAGGAGCUUUUUUUGUAGCUCUUGUUUUUCUUUGUAAACUUUAAAAAAACAAUUUUUUUACAAUUUAUUAAGAACAGUAUUUUAUACAUUUUUUUCUUUUUAUAUGUAGAUAUUUAUUUUUAAAAAAAACAAUACAAACGUAUAUUGCAUACAUGAUACUUUGAUUACAUAAAUUAUUUUACCUUAUUAUUAUGACGGGUUUCUAUUAGACAAGUUUGAAUUUUUCUUAGCAUUAAAAUUAAUAACACAAAUCUUAUUUU